UGUCGCCGUACCGCACGUGUUGAUAUUUGAUUUUUGUAUACGACUUGCCGAUUGGACGUUUAAAAAUAUUGAAAUGGCCAAAGAUAAAGAGAAGAAAGCUAAAUUAAAAGGAAAACCCAAGGAACGAGAGCCUGAGAAAGCAAAGUCAUUCACAUCCUCUACAGCGCUCCAAGUGCCUACCAAUGGCAACGGCGAACCGUCCACCUCAGGAAUAUGGAAAGAUACCCGCUUUCAGCAUUUGCUGGCGGAUCCUCGAUUCCGGGGAGUGCCCAAGGUGCAGCGUAAGGUGAAGAUUGACAAACGUUUCGAGGGCAUGUUCACCGAUGACAAAUUUAAAGUCAAGUAUACAGUGGAUAAAUAUGGCAGGCCAAUUAAUAAAAGCAAUGCGGAGGAUUUAAAAAAGUUUUAUGAACUGGAUGAAAGCGACGAAGAGGACGACAAUAAUGAUGUGGAAAAGGAAAAGACGGAUGUUGCGAAAGAGGGAGAGGUGGAGGAGGACGAUGAGGAGGCCAAGGAGCGCCGUUUGGAGGAACUAGCAUUGGUGCAUGAAGAUCGCCCUGAAAAGGAUGACUUUGGCAAUGAUCUUUUGGACAGUGAUGGCUCUGAGGAGAUACCGGAGACAUUGCGGCAGCGUCUGACAAACCCAAAUAUUGAUUAUGCUCGUGGUGAAGGUCGUCUCAUGAGUGAUUCCUCCUCUGAUGAUGAUUCCGAUGCAGAUGGCGACGACGAGGGACCUGAGUUGCAGAUAGAUCAUGUUUGGGGUGAAUUGGAUAAUGAUGCAGAAACAACUGAGGAAUCGACCAAACGUUUGGCCAUAUGCAAUAUGGAUUGGGAUCGCAUUAGAGCUGAAGACUUAAUGGUGUUGCUAAGCUCAUUUCUACCAUUAGGUGGCAGUGUCCUAAGUGUCAAGAUUUAUCCCUCUGAAUUUGGUAAGAAACGCAUCGCCGAAGAGGAUAUGCAUGGACCAACGGAACUUAUCAAAAAGAGUGGAGAGGACGACGACGAGGAUGUCAGUGGUGAUGAUGAUGAUGAGGACGAGGAGGAUCUGGUUAAAGAGCAGGACAGUGAUGCCGAGGAAGGGGAUAACUAUCAUAUGGAAAAAUUACGCGAAUAUCAGCUUAAUCGUUUACGUUAUUAUUAUGCUGUGGUCGAAUUGGAUAGUGUGGAGACAGCCGAUAAGAUAUAUAAGGAAUGUGAUGGCAUUGAAUAUGAAAGUUCUGCCACACGAGUGGACUUACGUUUCAUACCAGAUGAUACGACAUUCGAUGAGGAUGAACCCACACAAGAGUGCUAUGAAAUGCCGGAUUCCUCUUCGUAUAAGCCUCGACAAUUCACUACUACGGCACUGCAACAGGCUAAGGUGGAUUUAACGUGGGAUGAAACGAAUCUGGAGCGAAAGGAAUUGGGUGAUAAGCUAUCAUCGGGCAAAGUAGAUAAACUAAAUGACAAGGAACUGCGUCAGAUAGUCAACUAUAGCAGCGAAGAAGACGACGACGACGAUAAUGAUGAAGCAGAGCUCGAUAAAGAUAUAGUAAGUCAGCCUGAAGAAAGUGUACAAAAACCGGAGGAGAAAAAGAAACUAUCGAAAAAAGAACGUAUUGAGAAAUAUAGAAGUCUAUUAGCAGAAAUCAAUGAACAGGAAACCAAAUCGAAAGGUCAAAAAUAUGAAAUGGAAAUGUCCUGGCAGAUAGAUGAUCCUGCUGUUGAGCAAAAGGUAAAGGAAGAGAAGUCAGAAUCUAAACAGAAUCUGACACCCAUCGAGAAAGUCAUACAAAAGCGUAGUGAAAAGAAUAAACAGCGCAAGGAGCAGCGACGACAAAGGCAAAUCGAGUCCAACGGUGGAGUUAAUGGUGAUAAUUCCGAUUCCGACUCCAUACCCGAUGGUAUUGAUAUGAAUGAUGCUUAUUUUGCCGAAGAGUUUGCCUCCGGUGACUAUCAGCCCGCCAAAACCAAAAAGUCGACGACGAAAAAACAAAAGAAGAAGACCAACCGUGAAUUGGAUGAGGAUGAGCAAAAGCAGGAACAGGAAUUAGCUCUAUUGCUGGAUGAUGCCGAUGCCGAUGAGAAGCAACAUUUUAGUCUUACAAAAAUUCUCAAGGAAGAGCAAUCGACUGAGGGAUCCAAGCGCAAACGUCGCAAGCAAUUGAAAAAGGCGAAAAAUCAAAAGGAAUCCAAAGAGCCCGAAGAUAAUUUCAAAUUAAACCUUGAUGAUUCGCGUUUCAAGGCCGUCUACAAGUCCCAUGAAUAUAACAUUGAUCCCACUCAUUCCCAUUAUAAGGCCACCAAGGGUAUGCAGGAGAUCAUAGGCGAGAAGCUGAAACGUCGUCACAAUCAGGUGGAAAAGAGCAAACCUAACGGGGAUGGCGUUGCGGAUGAAGAUCAGGACAAGCCCAAGCGAUCAAAGCAACAGUUGGAGCAAAACGCUUUGGUCAAGAGUCUUAAGAUGAAAUUGCAACAGCACAAAAAACUUUAAGCCAUCAUCUCUUCGAUUAGUUUUGUUUGUUUAUGUAAAACUUAGUUAGCAUUACAAAAUAAAUUUGUAUAUGAAACCAGAA